AUGCGUUUUGGUAAACUGGGAAUGUUUUUCUCAAGAUUAUUUGUGAUCCUGAUUUUUCAGGUUUCUUUUUCUGAAUACCAAAUGGGAGAGCCUCCUUGUCACUUAAAAAGAGGUUACAGUCCCACAUAUACAAAGGAAGGAGACAUAGUUAUAGGGGCCUUCCUCUCCCUGUUUAUACAAAGUGAACUUAAAAUGGACAAGGAUUCUUUCACAUAUUCUCCAGACAGGGUAAGGAUAAAUCCGCGGUUCAUGCUCAAACAUUACCAACAUUUUCUCACUGUCCAAUUUGCUGUGGAUGAGAUCAACAAGGACCCCCAUCUCCUGCCCAAUGUAACUCUGGGAUAUCAGUUUCUCAAUAACUUUCAUCAAAUUCAAUUGGCUGUGGAGAGUUCUUUGAUAUGGUUGUCUGGGAAGGGUCCAACUAUCCCUAACUAUAGCUGUGACAGGCAGCAUAAAUCUGUGAUUGCCAUUGGAGGGAUGUCAUCUAAACUGUCCAUGGCUAUGGCCAGGUUGUUAGGACUAUACAAAGUCCCACAGCUCAGCUAUGGCCCAUUUGAUCUUCUCCUGUCUGAUGAGGUCCUGUAUCCAUAUGUCUAUCAGCUGGGCAGCAGGGAAUCCACUCUGCACUUGGCAGCAGUUCAACUGAUGCUACAUUUUGGCUGGACUUGGGUGGGGCUGGUUAUUUCAGAUGACCUGACAGGGGAACAAUUCUUCAGGACUCUGAAAGAGGAGAUGGCCUCGAAUGGUAUGUGUCUGGCUUUUACAGAACGAGCUCCUGAACUCUUUCAAAAGGAGCAUGAUGAAUUUAAACUCUUGUCUAGGAUUCUUCGGUCCUCAUCCAAAGUGAUUUUCAUCUAUGGCAACACCGACUCCCUUGGCGAAAUUUCUGAAUUAUUGAAUGCAUAUAAAUUGCAUGGGAAGAUGUUGAUUACCACCUCAUCCUGGGAUUUUUCUGCAGAUUCCAAGAAUAUAAUAAUGAGCAAUUUUCAUGGAACAUUGAUGUUUUCUUAUUUUGAGAGGGAGAUCCCUGGUUUCACAGAUUUCCUAAGCAGUGUGCAUCCCCGUGCCAACCCUGAGGACUUUUUCCAAAAGUCUUUCUGGGAGGUGGUCUUUGAUUGUAAACUUUCAGAAAUAAGUUCUGUAGAUAUCGCACAUGAACGAUGUGAGGAAAAUUCAUCCUUCUCACAGGUAUCACAUAUUUAUUUGAACGAGAUCAUAAUUGGAAAGAGUUUUAAUAUCUACAAUGGAGUUUAUUUAUUUGCUCGUGCUCUCCACCAUAUGCUUCAGACUGAAACAAAAGAUGUUUCAGAACUUGUAGCAAACCCACUUCUUUCUUGGAAGCUCCAUCACUUCCUGAAGUGUGUUAAUACCAUCAAUGGAAGCAAAGAUGAGUUAUGUGGAGAUGGAACCUCCAUGACUGCUGAGACCUAUGAUAUCAUGAAUUAUAAAUCAUUUCCUGGUAGAUUUUCAGUAGAGGUCAAAGUUGGAGAAGUGAUUCCUCAGGAAAAAGUGUUAAGUAUUAAUGAAGAAGACAUAGAUUGGCCAGAAGAUUUCCCCCAGAUUCCAAGUUCCACAUGCAGUGUGGCCUGUAGCCCUGGUUACAGGAAACAGUCUCUUGAAGGCCAGCCCAUCUGCUGCUUUGAUUGUACCCUAUGCCCUGAUGGAAAUAUUUCCAAUAAAACAGAUGCAGAAGAGUGUAUUCAGUGCCCUGAAGAUCAGUACCCCAGCAAGGAGAAAGACAGAUGCCUGCCCAAGAUAGUGACUUACCUGGCUUAUGAAGAGACUUUGGGAAUGAUUCUGGCCUCUGCAGCUCUCUGCUUCUCCAUUCUCACCACCUUUGUCCUUGGAGUGUUUGUGAUGCACAGAGACACCCCCAUAGUUAAAGCCAACAAUCGCAGUCUCAGCUACAUUCUGCUUACCUCUCUCACUCUUUGCUUCCUUUCUUCCUUACUCUUCAUUGGUCGUCCUACACCAGCCAACUGUGUCUUAAGGCAAACCACAUUUGUCAUUGUGUUCACGGUGGCUAUUGCUUCCAUCUUGGCCAAAACCAUCACUGUGGUUGUGGCCUUUAGAGCCACUAAACCAGGGAGCAAGCUCAGGAGGUGGCUGAGACCAGCAGUAUCUUAUUUUCUGAUUUUCACUUGUACCCUUAUCCAGAUGUGCCUCUGCGGCAUCUGGCUGGGGACAUAUCCCCCAUUCCUUGAGAUGGAUAUAUACUCUGAGGUUUCCUCGAUUGUCAUUCAGUGCAAUGAGGGCUCCCUUGUUACCUUCUACUGUGUCCUUGGCUACAUGGGCUUCCUGGCCUUGGUCAGCUUUACAUUGGCUUUCCUGGCAAGGAAUCUGCCAGACACUUUCAAUGAAGCCAAGUACCUGACCUUCAGCAUGCUGGUGUUUUGCAGUGUCUGGAUUUCCUUCUUGCCAGCAUAUCAGAGCACCAAAGGGAAGGUCAUGGUGGCCAUGGAGAUCUUUUCCAUCUUGGUCUCCAGUGCUGGGAUUCUCACCUGUAUCUUUGCUCCCAAAUGCUAUGUGAUACUUCUGUGUUCAGACAGAAACACCCUGAAGAUAAUGAAAAACAAAGCUAAUCCCUGA